AUGGCACCAAAGGAGCGGCCGUGGGAUGACGACGCCGUUGUGGUCAGUCGGAACGACUUGCGCGACUUCAACGAAGAAGGGCUCAUUCCCCUCCCUGACGAGAAAGUGGAGGCGAUCCGUGCCUGGCUCCAGCCGACUUCGUACAGCGCAGAGAAUAGUGAGUGCAGCAAGCAUCGGGCCUCGCACCUCGCUGGCACAGGCGACUGGCUUUGGAACGCCCCAAGCUACACAGCAUGGCACGAGAGCCAUGAGCAUGGCAUGCUGCUGAUCAAGGGCAUUCCCGGGUCCGGCAAGUCCGUCAUCGCAGGGAGCCUGGUGGACAGGUUGUCGAGAGAAGACGUUCCGGUGCUGUACUUCUUCUUCCGCCAAAUCAUUGACGCCAAUCAUGCCCCCAUUGCAUUGCUACGCGACUGGCUAGAUCAGGUGGUGGUCUACAGCCCGCCGCUGCAGGCACAGCUAGACAAGUACCUCGAAAGCAGACAGACGCUGGCGAUCAAGUCAAUGAAUGACCUUUGGAAAGAUCUCAAGAUUGCCCUAGGUCACUUACCCAAGGUGUAUUGUGUCGUGGAUGCGCUUGAUGAGAUAGACGAUGGGAAUGAGGACUUUCUCAAAGAGCUUGCCGAGCUUGGACGGUGGCGACCAGCCCACAUCAAGGUGGUUGCUACAAGCCGCCCCGUUCCACGAGUUGAGCAUCCGAUACGACAGAUUCCAAUGAAAGAAAUAAGGCUGGAGGAGAAAAUCAUUGACAUGGAUAUCGGUACCUAUGUUGAGCACCAUUUAGGACACUCUUCCAUUCCGGUGGAUCUGCAUGCUCAAAUCAAGCGAGUUGUUCCUGGCAGGGCCAACGGACUCUUUCUCUACGCCAAGCUGGCAAUGGAAGCCUUUCUUAAGCCAGGGGCAGAUGUAAUGCAAGUUAUGGCGGCUUUGCCCGCAGAUCUGAACGUACUAUAUACGGACUUGCUACAGCAACAUAUUCUUCGUUCUGGGGUACCUGAGCAUCUCCAGAUCCUCAUCCUCUCAUGGGUCACUCAUGCUUCGCGACCACUACGGUUGCUAGAGAUUGCUGAAAUGAUCAAUAAGACACAGAGCAUUGACCUCUCUGAUUUCAGGGCAAUCAAGGAGCUGGUUCGAACCAGUUGUGGCCCUCUUUUGGAGAUCUUACCAGAUGAAACGGUCUCAGUAGUUCAUCAUUCGUUGACCGAGUUCCUCAAUGGAUCGACUCGCAGUCCAGAGAAGCAUAUGGUAUCUACGACUGGUACAACAUCUUAUCCUAUUUUGGACCAAGGUUCCACACACAGUCGCCUCGCUCGAGUAUGCAUUUCCUACAUACUUGGCUCAAAAUGCCUCGACGGUGUCAAAACCAAACAAGUCAAGAAGCGUCUUGACUUGAACGGAGGAUCCAAGACAGAUGACGAUAUAGUCGAUGUUUUAGACCAAUGUAGUUACAAGAGGCUUGGGGGAGAUGACGAAGCCAAGUGCAAAAGGUCUUGGAACGGCGAUUUACCUGCAACUCCAGAACUUCGUUCCCGUUAUCCCUUUCUGGCGUACUGCCUCGACAAUUGGCACGUCCAUGUCAGAAAGGCAGAUUCUCACUCAGAACUCUCGGAAGAUCUGCUGGGUGACGUUGAUAAAUUGCUCGCUGGUACUAACUGUUUGGCUUUGGAGGCGUUGGAGAGAAGAACGGCCUGUGGGUGGAAGCCCAUCCAUGUCGCUUCUUGCAAUGGGUUGAGUCAGUACGUAUCUCACCUCAUGGCAAGAGGAGGGACGAAUGUCGACAUGGAUGAUAGAUAUGGAGAAAAACCUCUCCUUUUCGCGGCUGGGGGAGGGCACGCCCCUACUGUCAAGGUGCUGCUGGCAGCUGGAGCAAAGCCAGACCAGGAAUCUCUAAGAGACGGAUCAAAACCCCUGCACAAGGCAGCGACGAGCAAUAAUGGUGACACAGUCAAAUUCAUUCUCCAAGCUGGAGUCGAUCCAAUGACGAAAAAGACAAGAGAAGACCCUGACUGGUAUCCCGUGGGUUCUGGAACCACGGGAUAUACACCACUCAUGAUGGCCUUCCUCAACGGUCAUUUGGAAUCAGCUAGGGCCUUUAUACCCUAUCUUUCCACAAAGAGGCAUGUCUACAGGGCCCUAGGAUGGGCAGUAGAGGGCGGGCACUAUUCUCUAGUGGAAGAGAUGCUCAAGCGCCCACUUGUCAAUGUCAACACCAAGAUUCGCGGGGAGACACCCCUAAUGUACGCGGCAAAGCGUCACGAUUUCAGGAUGAUGAUUCUCCUCUUACGCGCUGGUGCAGACCCGACGAUCACGGCCGAUGAAGUUUGGGGUGAUGAGUUUGAGGACUAUGACACUGAUGAGGAGGAGCAUUUCGAAGGAGAAGACGAGGGUGAAAAUUCAGUGAUGGCCGACAAAGGCGGCCCCAACGCCCUACACAUACUUUGUGGUGCAACGGAAAUAAGUUGGUCGUCUCAAACAGCUGAUGAAAAGACCCUCCACCCAGGAUUGAUGGAAGAAACGGUUUCCUUGAUGCUCGAUGCCGGAGUCGAUAUAAAUGGUACAUACCGUGCACCAUCGUACUAUAACGGUGGCAGUCCUCUAGGUAUUGCCGCAUCACGGCGGCCCGCCCUUGUACGCACCCUAAUAAGAGCUGGGGCGGAUGUUACAGCUAGGAGUAGCGGCGGUUCAACUGUACUACAUAAUUGUUUGAACCCAGACCUGAUACAGCUCAUGGUUGAGGAGGGAAACGCGGAUCUUAUCCAUGCGGAGACCUCGACUGGAUUAACGCCCCUUCUCUGUGCCUCCGGUAGUGGUAAGAUGACGGCAGCACUGGCUCGAAAGUUUUCUGAGCUUGGUGCAAACAUGACACAUACCGGCCCAAAGGGGGAGGGAGCCCUACAUCGUUUCUUCUCCGGGUACUUGUUUAGGUUUAAAUGUGACCAGGUUGUAGAGAUUGUUGAAGCUCUCCUUGCAGCAGGGGUACCGCCAAACUCCAAGAAUCACGACGGCGAGACUGUUCUACACCGCAUCCUCAAAUUGACAGAAGUCAAGUCACCAUUUGGGGACGUUUCAAAGAGGGUGGUCUCUGCCCUCUUGGCAGCAGGAGCAGAUAUCCAUGUUCGUGAUAAUGAGGGGAAAAACCCGCUGUUCAAGUUGGUAAGCGAAGCCAGGUCGCCAGAUCGAGUUGCGGUUGUGCAAAUGCUGGCAGAGCUAGGAGCAGACAUCAACGGCCGCGACUUUCGCGGCCGUAAUCUAUACUUUUACCGCCCCAAGAGAGAUUCUGAGGCAAUGGUAAGAACACUAGUUUCCUGGGGAAUAGAUCCAGCAGCAGUUGAUUAUGAAGGGAAUCCGAUGGACUGGUCUCUCGCGCCUCCAGGCCACAAAAACAACGCCGGCGAGACCUAUGUACACUGGCUAGCGGCCAACCAAGCUUUGCAGCUAGAAAAGACGCUCACAACCUUCGACAACUUCGAUGCCGAAGACAAUGCCGGUAUACGGCCAAUCCAUCACUUCGCAAAAGACAACGACAAGCUGGUCGCUCUAGCUUUGAAUGGCGGUGCGUGCGCUGUUGGGCGCACACACAAAGGCAUGAGCCCCUUGCAGGUUGCCGCAGCCUUCAGGCAACCCAACAUCGUCGGUCGUCUGAUCGAUGCCAUUAAAGCCAAGAAAGGAACCGAGUUUCUCAAGUCUCACAUCGACUACAACCGUAACGGCAUAAUUCCAUCGGCACUGCAGUAUGCUUGUCAGACGAGAAUGCCAGAGACGGCCUCGCUGCUCCUCGACGCUGGUGCAGACCCGGGUCUGGCUUUUUCACCAAGAAUCCCACGUCUAUGGUGUGAAACUGUGCAGAAGAAAGAUGGGUACGAAUUUGCCCCAAGUGAACAUGUUGAGAGCGGGCUGUAUUCUACAAUAAGUCAAUGGAAUAGGUGGAAUGGCUCGGGAAGUGUGUCAGGCCGUGAUAUAAUGCCGCGGCUUGAACCGAUCAUGGAUUUAUUGUAUUCUCGUGGUGCGAUGUCUGGAGAAAAAAUUGAUGCAAUGAUCGGGUCGAACGACGGCGACGACUAUGCGACAGAAUGUCUGCUCAAACUAAGGCAGCGGGUUUUCUCUGGGGAGGAAGUAGACGUCUUGGAACACGAUCAAAGAGCAGCAUUGUCAAAACCGCUGUCCGCUCUAGAGCUAUAUGCUGAUGCAUUGCUAAGACACGGCAAAGAUCAAGGCAGAGGCAAUGCUUCUAGAAGUGAGGACGAGCUAAGGGACGAUGCCUCGUUAGAUAACAACGAGACAUGUAAAAUGAAAGACGGGCUGUGGAACGCCCUCUCAUAUGCAUCCCUCGUUGGAGUGUAUCGUCGCGCAUCCGCCAGGAGAGCGUUUGUCCGCACUGACUCCGACACGUCCUAUGAUCAUAUGACAUUAGAUGGCCAGUGGGACCUGAUCCUGUACAAGGCCCAAAAAGAUCCAGAGCUCUUCAAAACCGAUUACUAUGGGAACUACGUACUGUCGAAAUUUACGGCAUGGGGCUUGGUCUCAAUGUUAAGAGUCCUAAUAACUCCACAGCGUAUGCAGGAACUCGACGGAGAAUAUGAAGAGCGAUUUUUGCACUCCAAAAUCCCUUCAGACUCUGAUGACAAUAGAUUCGGCUCUCACGGGCCAAAGCCGCUCCUUCUUCAAGCUUGUGAGAGGUCCAUAGAUAAUCUGCCCAUGCUGCGGUUCCUCGUUGAGGAACUGGGCGCAAACAUCGACAUCCAGGAUUUAGAGAUUACGGGAUCUCGUGAGAUGAGGAAACAUGUUAAAGGGAAUGGUGCAUUGCAUGAACUGGCGAGCAAUGGAAAUUGGUGGGCUGCCGCACGCGGUCUGCCGUAUCUCCUGGAACAGGGCGCUGAAGUCGAUCUGCGAGACAAGACAAACCGCACCCCGCUCAUGCAUGCGCAUUCCGCUCAGGGAGCGCAUUAUCUGAUCGACCAUGGUGCAGACGUGAAUGCACAAGAUAACUUUGGACUCAACUGCUUGACACACGCAACCCAGAAUCUGGAAAUAGUGAAACUUUUAAUGAGUUGCGGCGCGAGUGUUCAGCCGGAGGUGUUCCACUGUCUCCUGAAAGAAAGAACCAUGGACGAAUCAACUCCGCUGAUUCUCGAUACCAUAUGCACUGGCAUAGACGUUAACUCCCGCUGUACAUCAUUACAUUCGAUGGCGACUGAAUCUAUUGCUAAGGAGGUCCCGGUAAUCAAACAAGAGCGUUACGCCUUGUAUCUAGCAGCCGCACCAAAUCCAAUGUUCUUCCAACCCGGCUCCAGGAUUCAAUACUCGAGGGAUCAGGUACUUAGGAGAAAUCUGCCGGUGAUCGAUAUUCUUCUCAAACACGGUGCCAACCUCUACGCGAGUUUUUUCAAGCGGGGAAGGCCAAGUGAGGAUAAUCCCGAGGACAGCGGGGAAGAAGUGACACUCCUACAUGAUCUCCUCGAGAUUGGAGGCCUAGUAGAACCUUUAUUGAGCCACAAGAGUACAGAGCUAGAGCGACUUGACAAUAAGGGACGAACAUUACUCCUUGCCGCGUGUCGAAGCGAACUGGGACCAGAUGCUCCUAUAGGUGCCGUCCACUCCGGGUUCUUGGGGAACCUUUAUAACAAGGAAGUAGCACCUGAACAAUCCAAUGGAAGGCCAUCGUUGACCAAAUACCUGAUCGAAAAGGGUGCUUGCGUCACUGCCCGGGACAAUGAUCGGAAAAACGCACUGCAUCAUAUCUUCGAGUCCAGGACCACUGGGGGACUAGAGUCUUUUUCUCUGAUAAUGUCUCUUGCACCGGAAUUGGUUCACCAAGUUGACAGUUCUGGUGCAAGUCCCCUUCUCUACGCACUUCGGAGAUUUUUCUCCCCUAUGGCCUCGGACACUCGACCGAUCAAAAUGCUACUUGAUGCAGGCGUCAACCCCCAUGUUGAGGAUGCGCAAGGAAACAGCCCACUGCACAUACUCGGUGCACGUUUAGCUGGGCACGGUUGGUCUGAAGAACAGGUCCUGCAAAUUCAUGAAUUGUAUCAGAGAUUCAUCUCACUGGGUUUACCUAUCAAUGGGCGUAAUAAACAGGGCGAGACUCCCGUUCUGUCUUUUUUUAAGAAUCAAGGCUUGGACGUUGGGUAUAAAUAUUCCACGGGUCAGGAUGCAAAGAGACAACAGGCCGCAUUGGAUAUUUUCUCCGCUGCAGAGGCCAAUACCUUGGCUGUCGAUGCAGACAGAAACACACUUCUGCAUACAGUCGCAGCUACGGCCGGGUCACUACAGAAUGGCGAGGCUGGUGAACUCAUGGUUCAACGUUUUCAAUGGUUAAUUAAUCAAGGUCUAGACAUUAUAGCGGAGAAUUCUGCAUUCCAAACGUGUUUAGAUAUUGCGAUGGUAAAUGGAAACCAGGCUAUUCUGAAACUCUUUGAACGAAAGGAAAAGGAGUAA